UCCGGGCGGUCUAGGCUGCCCUAUAUCCAGCCCACCUCCUCUCUCUCUCUCUCUUCCUCAGGCCGUCUGCGAAGGAGGCGGACGUGUCGAUUCGGAAUCAUGCCUGCCCUAAGACCUCUGAUCAAACCUAGGAUCGUCAAGAAAAGGACGAAGAAAUUCAUUCGUCACCAAUCAGACCGAUAUGUCAAGAUUAAGCGUAACUGGCGUAAGCCCAGAGGUAUUGACAACAGAGCCCGCAGGAGGUUCAAGGGUCAGGUCCUGAUGCCCAACAUUGGUUAUGGUAGCAACAAAAAAACCAAACACAUGCUGCCCACAGGAUUCCGGAAAUUCCUGGUGCACAAUGUCAAGGAGCUUGAGGUUCUGAUGAUGAGCAACAAGUCGUUCUGUGCAGAAAUCGCUCACAAUGUUUCCUCCAAGAACAGAAAAACCAUUGUGGAAAGAGCAGCACAGCUUGCCAUCAAAGUUACAAACCCCAACGCCAGACUGCGCAGCGAAGAGAACGAAUAAAUGCAUGGUCUCUGGUGCUGUUAUUUGUGUUUAAUAAAAGAAAAGUUAAAACCUUA